AAUGAGAAUAAAAAGGGGUUUGGAAAUGAGAUUAUUAAUGGGGGAAUUCCCACCAUUUUAUUACCUAGGAAGGGUAUGUAAUAAAUGAAUGAGAAUAAGAAUAGGGGGAAAAUGACAUUUUUGCCAUUAAUGAAAAGAAUGAAAUAAUAAUCUUAGUAAAGGUAUAAUUGUAAAAUUGUUAGUUUUUUAUUCCCUAUCUCACCCACUAUCCAAACAAAAUAUUGACACAUUUUCAUGUAUUUUAAUAAAUUAAUUCCCUGUUUCAAAAAAAAAAAAUAAAAAAAAAUUAAAAAUUAAAAAUUAAAAAAUCAAUUAAUUCCCAAUCUCAUUCCCACCUUUUUAAUUCCCAAACUCCCAUUUCCCAUUUGUCUCUUUCAGCCUUCCUCACUCUUUCCCUAAAUUAGUUUCUUAGUUGCGGUCUCUAGUUUUUUCCCCCUUUUCUCACUCAGCCACCGCUCCUCCCUUACGGCCUCACCACCGCUUGUCCCUCACCACUCGUUUGUAGUUGGUUGCUGCAGCACAUAGCAAUGGCGCUCUCUCUCCAACGUUACACAUUGUAUAAAAAUGAUCCAACCACUAGUUUGAAUCGUUUACUCAAAGAAAGACUCGCUAAAGAAAAUGAGAGAUCAAUGUCAAUUGCAAUUGAGAAGCUAGACCAUUUGCCUGAAAAUCUCAUUGUUGAGAUUCUCUCGCGGUUGCCAGUCAAAGAUCUGCUACAGUUUAAAAGUGUUUGCAAAUCAUGGUGUUCUAUUAUUUCAAGUCCUGCUUUUGCUUCCAAACAUCUGAAAAACUACUAUUAUAGCAACAAUGAUACUGGGCGAAGUUGUCUCCUUGUUCAGUUUCCUAUACCUUAUGCUGAACAUGAGGUGUAUGAGUUGUUAGUUGAUGAAACUCCGCGAGUUUUAGCUGAUGAAGUAUUGGCUUACAUGCCCAAGUCUAACUCUUAUGUGUGUGGCCCUUGUGAUGGCAUCUAUUAUAUGUUUCACUGUUGCCGUAGAGAGCGCGCUUUGUGGAAUCCGGCCAUCAAUGAGUUUAGGCCCUUACCUACGAUAAUAUCGAGGCCUGAUCUUCCGGCUAAUCUCACUUAUGAAAAUUAUGAAGUUUAUGGUUUCGGGUUAGACCCUAUCACUAGAGACUAUAAAGUGGUGGUUGUUAAAGGUUAUUGGAAUACUUUGAAUGAGGAAGACUCCUAUCUCAAUGACCCUAUAUCGGUCCUUGUCUACUCGUUAAGGACUAAUUUGUGGAAAUAUUGUGGAGAUUUGCGUAGGCCUUAUAAUUUGGAAGUCAAUACGUGCUAUAUUUAUGUGAAUGGAUGUUGCUAUUGGUUUGGAUCAUAUGAUUCUAGGGAUGAAGUGAUCAUUUCUUUUGACUUGGCUAUUGAUACAUUCAAAGAAAUGGAUGUUCCAGACUAUGCACAACCAAGCUCCAAGUGUCUUGGAAUGUAUGAUGAUUCUCUUGCAUUUAUGUCUCUCCAUGAGAGUGAGAAGAAUUUUGAUGUAUGGACAUUGAAAGAAGGGCGUUGGACCAAGAAAUUAAGUGUUGGGCCGUUUCCUGAUGUUUGGCGUCCUCUUGGUCAUUCGAUGGACAAUAAACUUCUACUACAGUGCCAUGAUGGUGGGCUAGGUUUAUUAGAUCCCGACACACAAGAGAUAAAGGAUCUUGCAUUUCAGCAUACAUGGUGUGCAGGAGCUUUUGCAUACAUGGAAAGCCUGGUUUCGAUCAAGGAUAAGAAUGCUGAGGAAGUUGAAGCAGGAAACAUUUGAGCUUAGUCCGUCCUACAUUGCCUCUUCAACAACUUUACUAGUGCAGUUUAGUGUUUUGUGUUUGCUGAUAAAACCAGUCCUUGUAGUGUUGGAUCGAGUGCUUUGGUGAUGAGAGUAAAGGGAAGUUGGAAUCUGAGGCAACAACUUAGUAAUUUACUGAGUAAUUCAGAGUUUGCUAUGCUGCUAUUAUAAAUGUCAUACAAAUUAACAUAUUAUGGAAUAGUUUGUAUAAUUUGAGGAUUUAGAGGUGCUUGUUGUUUGAUAUAUGUACUCCCUUUAUUUGAUGAAAUAAGAUAUUCCAAAGUCUAUUCAGUUAUUACUUGUAUUAUGUAGUGAUCCUGUUGUUAUGUAUGACAGUAUGCAUACACCUCUAAACUCUAAUUAGUGCUUGAUGUUCACACCUAUGUAAUUUGUAUGGUCGCUAUUUUAAUCA